AUGAAGAUGUCAAGUUGCUCAGGCUCCUGGCUCUCCAGAUGCUUCAUCACACUGGUCUUCCUCCAGCUGCCUUUGCACAUGUCAGCCGAAUCUCCAGGGAGCUUCUCACCAUCAGUGGUGGCUCUUGCUGUGAUCCUACCUGUCCUGGGGAUUUUCAUCAUGGUGGGCAUUUACAUCAUCUGGAAGCAAAGAAGGUCAAAAGAGAGGCUUCUCUAUGAACAUGCGAUGGAGGUAGAAAAUCUUCUCUCAGACCAUGCGAAAGAAAAAGGUAAUUAUAUAAAACUCAUUCUCUGUGUUUCUUCUUUUGUAGAGUUAAAAAGAGCUGCAGCAAACUCAGGCUGGAGAAGGGCCCGGCUGCACUUUGUGACUGUGACCCUGGACCCAGACACAGCGCAUCCCAAACUCAUCCUGUCUGAGGACCGCAAGUGUGUGAAGCUUGGAGACAUAAGGCAGCCUGUGCCCGACAAUCCCGAGCGAUUUGACUUCGUUGUCAGCGUCCUGGGCUCCGAGUACUUCGUAGCUGGCUGUCACUACUGGGAGGUGUCUGUGGCAGACAAGACCAAAUGGGCCCUGGGGGUGUGUAGUGAGUCAGUGAGCAGGAAGGGGAAGGUCACUGCCUCGCCCGCCAACGGACACUGGCUCCUGCGACAGAAUCACGGGAAUGAGUAUGAGGCCCUCACAUCCCCGCAGACCUCCUUCCGCCUGAAGGAGCCCCCGAGGUGUGUGGGGAUUUUUCUGGACUAUGAAGCAGGAGUCAUCUCCUUCUACAAUGUGACCAACCAGUCCCACAUCUUUACUUUCACCCACAGUUUCUCCGGCCCCCUCCGCCCUUUCUUUGAACCUUGCCUUCAUGAUGGAGGGAAAAACACAGCACCUCUAAUUAUCUGUUCUGAACUCCAGAAACCAGAGACAGAAGAAAGAGGCCAGGCUAAUGGAGAUGUGGCCCUGCAGGUGGACCCUUUCUUGCUCCCUGCUCAGGCAUCAGAGCUCGCCCCACUCAGGGAUAUGAUCCUGUCCUGGUCCUCUGACCUUGGGCCAGCCCUCCAGGGGCUCAAGGUUCCUUCUUUUUAG